CUUGCGCGCUGGAUCCGUCGUACGGCACACGCUGGAAGGACGGGCCGGCGGCAGAGACUAUGGCAGAGACUAUGGCAGAAGGACGGACCGGCGGCAGAGACUAUGGCAGAGACUAUGGCAGAAGGACGGGCCGGCGGCAGAGACUAUGGCAGAGACUAUGGCAGAAGGACGGGCCGGCGGCAGAGACUAUGGCAGAGACUAUGGCAGAAGGACGGGCCGACGGCAGAGACUAUGGCAGAGACAGAGGCGCAGAUCUCAAGCCCAUGCCGCACAGGAGUGUCGUGAGAGAGAAGAGAGAGGAGGCUGGUGACGGGCGACCACGGCCAGAGAAAGAACCAAAGCAGAGGCCCACCUCCCUUUGGUGCCUCCAUGCUGCAGGUGCGGAAAGCGCGCUCGCCCGCCGCGUGGCCGCCGCAACGGCUCAGCGGGAGGGGGGGGCGGAGGCGGGGGGCGGGGAGGGAGGCGAGGUGCGAGGUGCAGCAGAGAGCAGGACGGCGACGGCGACGAUGGAGGCGACGGCGACGAUGGAGGCGACGGCGACGGCGGCAGCGGAGGCGGAGGCGGCAGCGGAGGCGGAGGCGGAGGCGGGCACGGGCGCAUUGACACCGGAGGCGGCGUCGCAGGAGGCGGAGGCGUGGGCGACAGCCGCGCGCAAGAUCACUUGCGACUCCCUCGCCACCCUCUUGGUGCCUCUGACGGCGGCAGACCGAGACUUGGCCGUGCCGGAGGCGCUGGCGGCGGCGGCGCGUGCUUCACUCGAGGCGCUCAGCGAGUGGCGGGCGGACGGCGGCGCCGACGGCCUGGCCGCGGCGCUCGACAUUGUUACCGCCAUGGGCCCGGUGCGGCGCGAGGGGCUGGAGCGGGCGAAGCUGGUGCGUGGACGGCGCGGGCGGCGGCUGAGCGGGCUGAGCGGCGACGCGGUGGCCGUCGCCGCUUCGCUCGCGUUGCACAACGCGGUUGCGCCGCACUGGCACGCGAUUCGGCGCGGCGGCGCGGCGUCGGUGCGGUUCGCCGGCGGCAUCGCCGAGCGGCGUUUCGUCGCUCCGGUGCGCGAGAUCGCUCUCGAGCUCCUCAACCGGCGGCAGCCUCUGAGCGAGCCGACCGCCGUCGAGGACGCCGAGGCGUCGCUCGAGACGAUGCUUCAGGACCUUUACCCGAGCGAGGGCCUUAGCCGCGCCGAGGCGCUCGCGGCCGCGACGCGCGCAUACGAGGAGGAGAUGCGCGCGGGUGCCGUGUGCAACCUGCUCUCAGGGAAGAUGGUCCAGGCGCUCAAGCUGCAGUCCCUGCGCGCGAUGGACACGCUCGACCGGCUUGUCGACUCGAACAAGCUCAACCUGCAGCUGUUCGCCACGCUGCCCGCCUGCCUCCUCGCCGCGCUCCGCGCGCGGCGCCUCCUCACCGCGCGCGCCGCGCACGCCGAGGUUGGGGAGCUCCUGCACAGCGCGGAGCGGGCGCUGACCCUUGCCGGAGACGGCAACCUCGGCGCGGAAGGCUUGGGCCUCCUGGUGGCGCUGCUGCACGCCGCGUUGCUGCUGCUCGACGUCUACAGCACCGCCGCCGCCUCGCGCGCCGCCGCCGCCGCACUGCGGUGGGAGCUGCAGGAGCUGCUGGGGGCGGCGGCGAGGCUUCCCGCGGCCGCCCAGGCGCGGCUGCUGCGACUGGCGAUGGCGCGGCACGCGCGGCUGUCUGUGGGGUAA